AUGAGAAUCUGUGAUGGAGUUGGAUCAUAUCUCCAGCUAUGUGGUCUUGUGGCUAACUUGGCCAUUGUUGGUAAGGCUGUUUUUGAUCAAAUCUCGGAGAAUAUUGGUCUCGAACCCGAAGAAGAUAUGGCUCUUGAAUCAUUUGUUCCGUAUGUAUCUGAAGGCCUUGAGGCGCUAAUCUUCACAGCUGAUGGUGACAUGAGGCAAGCCACAUUCAGCGGGUUUCGGAUUGAUACAAAACCUUGA